CACUUGGCUCACAGCUUCGCGAAGUCCUGAGUUUAUGCCUACUUUAUGGAUGUAUUUUUGUUCCGCGGAACUGGUCACGUUUCCCCCGCGGCGUCAAAACGACCCCGGAAACUUCCGGUCCAAGCAAGAAGCCAUGCAGCGUCUCUCUUCUGUCAACAUAGUUUGCUUUCUGUCCGAGCUUUAGCUUCUGCCCUGAAGAAAGAUGGCGACGGUCCACUUCCUGUUCGGCGAUUCUUCCUUCAGGAAACAUGGUACCUCUUAGUAACCAUCCAUGAUCCCUGCGCAUAGCCUUAAUGGAUGCCAGAGAUAAGCAGGUCCUGCGCUCGUUGCGCUUGGAUCUGUGUGCAGAACUGCUGGUGGAAGGCCUUGUCAUGCAGUACCUUUACCAAGAAGGUAUCCUAACUGAAAGUGAUGUGCAAGAAAUAAGAGCCCAAGUCACCAAUCAGAGGAAAACCAUGAUGCUUCUUGACAUCCUACCUGCCAGAGGCCCCAAGGCAUUUGAAACCUUUUUAGAAUCCUUACAAGAAUUCCCAUGGGUGAAAGACAAGCUUGAGGCAAAGCGUAAUGAAGUGAUGCUGGUGGCACCCACUGAUGAUGAAAUACCUGGGAUUUUGCAGCACACUUUGAAAAACCCACCAACAGAUCAGCAGAUUAACAAACUUGCUAGAGGACUUGGACCUGAAUGGGAGUACAUUGUGUUGUCUCUGGGCUUGACACAAACCGACAUUUAUCGUUGCAAAGCCAAUCAUCCCUACAAUAUUCAGUCACAGAUUACAGAGACUAUCGAUGAGCAUCAGCUCUGGCUGAAGGAUUAAUACUUAAGGUGCAAGAGAAAUGGCAGGGUUUUGCCUAUAAAGUCCUAUCAUGGAAAUGUCAGAUGAAAUAUAUGUGUGGGAUGUUUCUAUACAUGCCUUUGAGUUGCCUGUUAACUUAUGGUGAUUCCAUGAAAUUCAUUAGGUUUUCUUUGGCAAAGAUUGCUCAGAAGUGGUUCAACUUGUUUCUUCCUUUGAAAUAGACUAUACAAUACCGGGUAUUCAUUGUCAGUCACCUAUGGGCUGGUCCUGCUUAGCUUCUAUGGCAGUGGUUCUCAACCUGUGGGUCCCCAGGUGUUUUGGCCUAUGACUCCCAGAAAUCCCAGCCAGUUUACCAGCUGUUAGGAUUUCUGAGAGUGAAACAUCUGGGGACCCACAGGUUGAGAACCACUGUACUAUGGGAUCUGAUGCCUUUGGUAUAUCUAGCCCAUAUGUCUGGUAGCUUGUGCAUAUUUAAUGCCAUGGCUGGAACUGCCUAAAAGAAAGAAAAUACUAAAAAAUGAAAAUGAGUUUUAAAGUAUUAGAAAGUAAAGCAUCAAGCACAUUAGAAAAAUGUUCCAAAGGGCUAAAUUAUCUUCAAUCCGUUUUUAAUUUAUUCUUGUAAGCCUUCCACUUUAACUGCCAUGUCAACAACACAUGGAAUACUAAGAUUUACAGUUUAGGGAGAGAUACUUAGAAUACUCAGCUAGUGACCAUUAGUGCCUUGUUUAAUUUAACAAAUGUUGCGAUGACAGUUAAAAUAUAGCAUGGUCUCCUAUGGCAAGGGCUUUCCAUCCCUUUUUUCAGUUUCUGUUCUUAGAGGUGUCAAAAAUCAGAAAGGCUCAGGAGGGGACUUCACUACCUCAUGAUGUUUGUUGGGGGCAUUAUAUAGGGGAAAGAGUAUUGUAGGCACACUUCUUCUUCCUGAAGGGCGUGAACAUUGCAUAUGUGAUGAAAUGUAAACAUGGAAGAGCAGUUAAUCAUUAAUAGAUGCCAUAUGUUCACCCUGAGGUGCAACACUUUUUAUAGAACUGAGUGGGUACAGACCUUCCUCCCCUGUAGUUUACUUUUGAAAAGUAGGGUUUUAAAUCUCUCUGCUUUCUCACAAUUACAUUCGAUUAUUUAAAUGUGGAGCCUCCGGUGGCACAACGGGUUAAAUCUCUGAGCUGCUGAACUUUCUGACUGAAAGGUUGCCAGUUCGAAUGCAGAGAGAGGGUGAGCUCCCGCUGUUAGUCCCAGCUUCUGCCAACCUAGCAGCUGAAAAAUAUGCAAAUGUGAGUAGAUCAAUAAAUAUCACUCCAACGGAUAGGUAAUGGUGCUCUAUGCAGUCAUGCUGGCCACGUGACAUUGGAGAUGUCUACGGACAACGCUGGCUCUUCGGCUUAGAAAUGGAAAUGGGCACCAACCCCCAGAGUCAGACACAACUAGGCUUAAUGUCAGAGGAAAACUUUUACCAUUAUUUAAAUGUGAGCUUAAUUUGAACUGUACAAAAGCCACAACACAGAAAUAAUCACUUCCAUAUAUACCUUUGUGACAGUCUUAGGAAUGUUCCGGUAUAAGUGGAGUAUCUGAAUCCUUCAAAAAGCUGCUUUGCUGGCAUCCCCACCCACCCCGCUUUGUAAAUAAAAUUAUGCCAAUGUGGUGCCAUGAGACUUCAGUAAUACUCAUUAGUAAUGCAGAGACCACUUUACUAUUUGAAUGGUAAUUAAUAGAACUGGUGGCAGCAUGUUAUCUUAUGAGUUUCAGAUUAGAAUUUACAGACGGGUCUUCUGCACUGUGUCAUAGAUCUAAAUUAUUGUGGAAUUAUUUAAUUACGUUGAAGUAAUAGACAUGGACAAUUAUGAGAUCGUUAUUAAACAUUAUGAUCAUCUUUUUUAAAGUUGGGGACUGUCUUAAAAAAACUCUGUCAUAUCUGUACAUAUUGGUGAAAUGUAUAACAUUAAAAGAAAAAUAAUUUGAGCCAUAAUUGAAAAGUCCCCUCCACGUUAAUUCACUAUUGUAACUGCUGUAUACAUGAAAUGUACAUGUAUCCAUAUUUCUCAGCUUGAAAAUAAUUUUUAGGCAAAAGGAUUGAUUUUUGUGUGGAAAAAGCACUUGCUAACAGAUUUACCUGAUUGAUUUAGCACAGAUAUAGAAUUCAGAUAAGAUGCAAAUAUAGAAUAAUGAUUACAUUAUUAAGGCAGCGGUGGCGCAAUGGGUUAAACCCUUGUUCUGCUGAACUGCUGACCUGAAGGUUGGCAAUUCAAAUCCGGGAGAUGGGGUGAGCUCCUGUCUGUCAGCCCUAGCUCCUGCCAACCUAGCAGUUCAAAAACAUGCAAAUGUGAGUAGAUAAAUAGAUACUGCUUCAGUGGGAAAAGGCAAAGAUAUGCUCCAAACAAUCUUGCUGGCCAGACAAGCAGGAGGUGACAAUAGAGAAAGCACCUCCCCAGAGCCAGAGAUGAGCACCGCCUCCAGAAGCCAGAAAUGAAAGGAGAGGCCUUUGCCUUUGUUUAUGUUUGUGUAUCUCAUUGUAUGUGAUUGUAAAGACAUUGAAUGUUUGCCUAUGUCUGCUGUGAAUGCUGUAAUCUGCUCUGAAUCCCCUAGGAGAGAAGGGCAGAAUAUAAAUAAAGUAUCAAAGACUGUGGACUCUUACCCACAAAAUCA